AUGGAGUUCAUGCAAGCUUUCAAUGUGUAUCGGCUCUACGCGGAAGACGAUGAGAUUCAAGUACUCUCGCUGCAAUAUGCCGACACAUCAUAUGCCUUCAAUAUCUUCCUCCCUAAAACAAGAUUUGACUUCAGCAACAUGCGGUGGAGUUUAACUGCGAAGCAAAUUAAGGAGCUUCUGUCGAAAUUGGACCAAACCUACAUGACGAUCAUGAUCCCAAAGAUGAAGAUUGAAACGAACCUCAAACUCAAAGAGAUUCUUCCCUCGAUGGGUAUCUCGAACAUAUUCAACCAUCAUGCCGAUCUGAGUGGAAUUACCGAAACACCUCCAUUACAAAUCUCUGAAGUCACUCAUGAUGCGAUUAUUGAGGUAAACUACUCGGAGUCCACCCUAACCUUUUGA